UGAUGGAUCGUAAUCUAUUCAUAUUAUUAGAGAAAAGACGAGCUAUAAUAGUUAAUCGAUGAGUAAAAUAAAGAGGAGUUUUCAGAUGAUUAGGAUUUGGUGUCUCAAAUAGAUAUUGAAGAUUUUGAAUCUCGAUUGCAAACUAGUCAAUCUUUCGUGAGAGAAAAGCCUCCAUAAUAUAAUACAAGAGCUUAAUCAGGCAUAACUUAAACUGGAAAACAACCAUAAAGUUUAAAGGAUCUGAAUGAGAAAAUGUAGUAAAAUCUAGCCAAAAAAUAAGUUAAUCAAUAAACAAGAGUCCAAGUAACAUAGCGAUCAUAAUAAUAAUAAUAAUUUUCACAAACUUAACAUGUUCAGAAAAAGCAGGAGUAUUAAAACAUUUAAAAUAAUUAAGUAAGAGGAAAUCUAUAGAGCCUAAAGCAAAUAAUCCUCGUUAAGUGUUGGAAUAGGCUCAAAAGGACAAUUAGGAAUUGUUGUAAAAAUUAGGAGCUAUGAGGAGGUAACUACAAUCGUUAGAGGCUGAGAAUUCUGAGUUAAAAUUAGAAAUUUAGAGAAAGGGCAAUUCAAGUGGGUUUUUGCCAAAGAUAGAAUAAGCAGCAAAUUCAGAAUUGAAAUUAUUGAAAAUGGAAAAUGAGGAACUGAAGAGAAUCAUCUAAAAAUAAAAUGUACAAAAGUGAAACAUUUUGUGUUAGGGUAGUGAUUCAGGAAAAAUGUUAUAAAUGUACGGUUUAUAGGUAGUGAAAUUAAAAUGUAGAAUAGAGGAGCUAACUUCAUAACUAGAGAAAUAGUGA